CAAAGACCCAGUCUUUUUUUAGGCUCUUGGAUCCCUGAUUGCAAUUGUUUUUAUCUCGUGUAUUCUCGUGUCAUCAACCAACCUAUCACAACAUGAGCUAUAACAAGAAACCAAGCUCCAUUGACAAGAAGUCCGAACAGGUGGUCAAAAACGUGGAUAUGGACAAAGACGAAGAGGAAGAAGCCCUGGAGAUAGCCGCGGUCGCCUUCGAAAAAUUCCAAGUCGAGAAGGACAUCGCAGCCCACAUCAAGAAAGAAUUCGAUAUCAAGUAUGAUACAACUUGGCACUGCGUCGUCGGUCGCAACUUCGGGAGCUACGUCACCCACGAGAGCAAGCACUUCAUCUAUUUCAAUCACGGUCAGAAAUCGGUCCUGCUCUUCAAGUCGGGUUAGGUUGCUGGUAAAGCUGGAACUCAUGAAUAACAGGACAGAGGUUUAGUUAGUAUAUAGGCUAUAGAUAGAAGGAAAGUCGUUUCGUCACGAUGAUCCCCUUAUUGAUCUUCUUGAGAGGUAGUUCUUACUUAGGAUGACAGAGAUCAGAGAAUAAUUACAUUGCUAAUAUACCUCUGCUACAAAUGUCAAAGGAAAGAGACCAAAUAGUUAUCAAAAUUCCUACUGAGAUAUAUAGGCCAUUUUCAGGAACUUAGAUAUUGAUGUUCUGAUGGGAUAUCACCUCACCGAGUUCAUCUUGAUAAAUCUCUACAACACUGCAACAUCAAUGUGGUUGUAAGCAAAUUGGACACAACAUGCCAUUUAUGGUCGUCAAUUUCCAUGCUAUUGGUCUAAGCAACUUGAAUGGUCAAGGGUUGAUUUAUUUUCAUAUAUUUUUUAUAGCCACAUUAUUAUGAUAGCGAUUGAAAUAAUAAUAAAAAAAUAAAUUGGCCAUAACAUUCCGCCAAACUGCAUCAACAAUGGCAGGUUGCAGAAAAUCAAAUUACAUUUAUCAUCUUCUUGGCACUUAUUUCCUGAUCAUUAUUUUUAUUAUGUUUUAUUCAAUUUUGAUUCGAAUUUUACGUAAUCUAAUCAGGGAGUACUUCAAUGAUCCCUGGCCAGGACCCUUCUUGUAAAUCAAUUUACGUAAUUGAAGGGUCUCUACGCUGGUAAAAGAAACCUGAAAUAAGUAAAUAAAUAAAUCUAAUCAAUGAAAUAAUCAAUAAGCAUAUAAAGAAACAGUAGUAAUUUCUUAUGCAAUUGAAAUAUGUAUGGUUCCUCAAAAUUAAUUCAUAACAUCUUCACCAAUUUUCAUUUUCACUUCCACUGAAAUCUUUAGGAGAAUAUCUUAAUGCCCGCUAAGAGAACAGUUUCCGGAACUGAAGUGGCUACCCUGGCGAAAAUAUGACGUUAUUUUCAUUAUUAUUAUUAUUAUUUUAUAUGAUUUCCAUUUCAUUUCAAUUAAUUGAUUUCCUUGUAAUGAAAGUAAUGUAUUGUUGCUUUGUUAUCCAUUCAUUGAAGUAUUUGCAUCUGUCAUGAAAAGGACAAAUUAUAUAUACUGUAUAGGAUAAGACUGGACACAAUUUAAGAUAAAAAUGAAAUACGGUAAAAUACAGAUGACCCACGCGGCCUAUCGCUUAACAAUUACAACAAUUAAUAUGAUAAUAUUUUUCGCCUCUUUUCAACGAAAACUUUGAUAUGUUUCAGCAUCGAGAGGUUCUGACCUUGGAGAUGUAGUCAAAGAUGUUAAUAUUCUGGACAAACAUAAACAGUAAAAUGCAUCAAAACGAUUGCGACAUGCAUGUGAAUACAUGUACACUUCUCAUAGCGUUGAUUCUUACUGACUGUUAUAUAAUAUUGAGAAAACAGUAUAUACACAAAAGUAAAUUGUAUGUUAUGUGAGUAUAUUUAUGAUGACAUAAUAUGCAUAAAAUUUAAUCAUUGGUGCGAUUUUAAA